UGUGUGUGUGUGUAUGUGUGUGUGUGUGUAGCAGCACGGUGACACACGGAGCCAGGUGACAGGUGAAUAUCUCUAAACAAACACCGUGUUACUGUCCCGGUUAUCUAACGGCGUGUACCGUGUGUUCAGAACCAGCCGGACUGAACCGGAGCUGAAAUGCGAACGUAGCCGUUAGCCACCGAGCCAGGCCGAGCAGAGCCGGGCCGAGCCGAGCCGGGCCGGGUCGGGUCGAGCCGGGCCGGGCUGAGUCCUUCACUCUCACACGGAGGCAUAAAUGUUCGACACGUUCCGGUUUACCGAGUCUGUCGACACCGGAGAAGAUGCGCAAGGACGUGAGGAUUCUACUGGUGGGAGAGCCCAAGGUGGGGAAGACGUCUCUCAUCAUGUCCCUGGUCAGCGAGGAGUUCCCAGACGUGGUUCCUUACCGAGCUGAGGAAAUCACCAUACCUGCAGACGUCACGCCAGAGAGAGUCCCCACACACAUUGUGGACUACUCAGACGCAGAGCAGACAGACGAGCAGCUGUUUCAGGAGAUCUCCAAGGCAAAUGUGAUUUGCAUUGUCUACGCUGUUAACAACAAGAAGUCGAUAGAAAAGGUGACCAGCCACUGGAUCCCUCUCAUCACGGAGAACACUGACAAGGACAGCAGGGUUCCUCUCAUCCUGGUGGGGAACAAGUCGGACCUGGUGGAACACAGCAGCAUGGAGACCAUCCUGCCCAUCAUGAACCAGUACAGUGAGAUCGAGACUUGUGUUGAGUGUUCAGCAAAGAACCUGAAGAACAUUUCAGAGCUGUUUUACUACGCCCAGAAGGCAGUUCUGCACCCCACAGGUCCCCUGUACUGUCCAGAGAAGAAAGACAUGAAGCCGCUUUGUAUAAAAGCCCUGACUCGAAUCUUCAAAGUGUCCGACUUGGACAACGACGGGAUUCUCAACGACAAUGAGCUCAACUUCUUCCAGCGGACGUGCUUCAACACCCCGCUCGAGCCUCAAGCGCUGGAGGAUGUAAAAAAUGUGGUGAGGAGGAAUUUGAGUGACGGAGUGUGCGACAACGGGCUCUCUCUGAAAGGCUUCCUCUUCCUUCACACGCUGUUCAUCCAGCGAGGCCGUCAUGAAACCACGUGGACCGUGCUGAGGAGGUUCGGAUACGACGACGACUUGGAGUUAAAUCAGGACUACCUCUUCCCUCCGUUGAAAGUUCCUCCAGACUGCACCACAGAGCUCAACCACAACGCCUACCUCUUCCUCCAGAGCGUCUUUGACAAACACGACAAGGACCGUGACUGUGCCUUGUCACCAGACGAGCUGAGCGACCUGUUCGAUGUGUUUCCCUACAUGCCGUGGGGCCCGGAUGUCAAUAACACAGUUUGCACUAACGAGCAGGGAUGGAUCACCUACCAGGGAUAUCUGUCCCAGUGGACGCUGACGACGUAUCUGGAUGUGCAGCGCUGCCUGGAGUAUUUGGGUUACCUGGGUUACUCCAUAAUCGCUGAGCAGGAGUCCCAAGCAGCAGGAAUCACAGUGACCAGAGAUAAGAAGAUUGACCUGCAGAAGAAGCAGACGCAGCGCAGCGUCUUCCGCUGUAAUGUCUUCGGAGACGCUGGCAGCGGAAAGAGUGGCUUCCUCCAAGCCUUCCUGGGUCAUAACCUCGUGCGCCAAAAAACGAUCAAAGAGGAACACCGAUCCUACUACGCCAUCAGCACUACGUACGUGUACGGCCAGGAGAAAUACCUCCUCCUUCAUGAAGUGUUCCCCGACUUCGACUACCUGUCUGAUGCCGACCUGGCCUGCGACAUCGUCUGCCUGGUCUACGACGUCAGCAACCCUUACUCCUUUGAAUACUGCGCCAAAGUCUUCAAGCAAUACUUCAUGGACAGUAAAACUCCAUGCAUGAUGAUAGCAACCAAGUCAGACCUGCCGGAGGUCAAACAGAUGUACGGCAGCAGUCCGCUGGAGUUCUGCAGGAGGCACAAGAUGCCGCCUCCGCAAUCCUUCACGUGUAACACUGCAGCAGCACCCAGCAAAGACAUCUACACCAAACUGACCACGAUGGCCAUGCACCCCCACGCCCGUCUGCGCUGCAUGUGCACUUGUAACCGGUGCACCUUCUGCUUGUGUCAGAACUUCCUGAACUCUGAGCUGCUGCAGACGGUCAGAGCCAAACUCUACGCCGUUGUCCUCAGAAGACAUGUAAGCCAAGCAGACCUGAAGAACUCGACCUUCUGGCUGAGGGCGAGCGUCGGGGCCACGGUGUUCGCGGUGCUCGGCUUCGCCAUGUACAGAGUGCUGCUCAAACCACGGUGACUCUCCCCCAGGUCCAACCCUCCUCACACCCAUGGUACACAGCAUAGAGCACGUUUGGACCAGUCGCAACAUUCGGCCUCUCCCACAUUUAGGAACCAGUCGUGGUUUUUGUAGCUUCAUGAACCCAAAUGUAAGAAAAGUAUUUUGUUUUUGCGCUGGAAGCUUAGUGUCAUUGUAAAAAAAAAAAAAAAAAAAAAAAGUCUCUUCUUGGACUAAAAAGAGGAAAAAAUAUUUAAUUUUGUACCAAAUCAAUAAUUUGCUUAAUAUGUUAAUCUGCAAGUAAUAAUCUAUAUUUAUAUUGAGGGUAAGCUGCUGCUGAGUUACGUAUAGAGCUAUUUUUUGGUUGUUUGCUGAUCGAAAUGAACGACUGUGUGUAACAGGGAUUGUGAUGUGUGAGGUAUGCAGCAGCACUGAUGCUUUUAUUAGCCAGGACAACUUGUAAAUAGUGUAUUUAACUCAGUAGAUUGUAUGUUUGUGUGUCCGGUGUUGGAUCACGCUGACAGAUGUCGGUUUGUUUGAUCGGUGGAUGUGUGAACGGCUCUGCUGCUCUCUCUCAUGUCUUCCCACGUCAGUCAGUUUCACAGCCGCUCGGCACAUUUCGUGUUUGCAUGCUUGAGAAUUUCCGACCACAUUCCAGUGUUUUGAGACUCAACAGGCCGUCUCCUCCACCUCUGCGCUCUCCUCGAUAAUCCAGGGAUGUAGUGACGCUUAUUGACAGGAGUGCUGAGCAGAGUCGAGUUUGAUCAACUCUCCUGGUCGCAGAAGAUGCAAUAAUGUUGCCCCAGAUGUUAAUUUACAUGCAGGGCUCGGUUUGAUGUACUCACUCAUCCCUGCCUUCCCAAACGUUUACAAUAAAUAAAUCUGUCUACA